UGGCUAUGACCCUAUCUAUCAAACUAUCACCUCCUUCUUCUUCUUCUUCUUCCUUUCGAGCUGCUUUUUGCUUCUAUCAAUCUUGAUCAACAAUGGAAAUAUGGGUUGCGCUUUCCAUUGUUGCCGUCGUGGUGGUGUUAAUAUCAGCAUGGAGAGUGUUGAGAUGGGCGUGGGUGAGGCCAAAGGCGCUGGAGAGGUGCCUGAGAGAGCAGGGUCUCACCGGCAACUCCUACAGCCUUUUGUUUGGAGACUUGAAGGAGAUCUUUAAGAUGUCUGAUCAAGCAAGGUCUACCCCCAUAAACUUCACCAAUGAUAUUGCACCACGUGUCGUCCCCUUCAUCCAUCAAAAUGUCAAGAAUUAUGGUAAGAAUUCUUUUAUGUGGUUUGGCCCAACACCCAGGGUGAACAUUACGAACCCUGAACAAUUGAAAGAUAUCUUCUCCAAGAUCUAUGACUUUCGAAAGAUAGGAGGAACUCCACUUACCAAAUUGCUAGCAACCGGACUAGUACAAUAUGAGGCUGAAAAAUGGGCUAAACACAGAAAAAUUAUCAAUCCAGCUUUCCAUCUAGAGAAGCUGAAGAAUAUGUUACCAGCAUUUCGUCAAAGUUGCAGUGACAUGAUUAUCAAAUGGGAAAGUUUGGUCUCUGAAGACGGUUCAAUUGAGUUAGAUGUAUGGCCUUAUCUGCAAAAUUUGUCAAGUGAUAUGAUUUCUCGAACAGCCUUCGGGAGUAGUUAUGAAGAAGGAAGAAAUAUUUUCGAGCUUCAAAGAGAGCUAGCGGAGCUGGCCAUUCAAAGUGCGCGAUCUAUUUACAUUCCGGGAUGGAGGUUUCUGCCAACUAAGAUGAACAAGAGGAUGAAGGAAAUUGACAAGGAAAUACAAGCUUCCCUUAAAGGGAUUAUCAACAAAAGAGAGAGGGCAAUAAAGGGAGGUGAAGGCAGAAACGAUGACUUAUUAGGCAUACUCAUGGAAUCCAACUUGAAAGAAAUUGAAGAACAUGGGAACAACAAGAAUAUGGGUAUGAAUCUUAAAGAUGUAAUCGAGGAGUGUAAACUUUUUUAUUUUGCCGGGCAAGAAACGAGCUCGGUUUUGCUGGUUUGGACGAUGGUUAUGCUGACUAGGUAUCCGAGUUGGCAAGAACGUGCAAGAGAAGAGGUUUUGCAAGUCUUUGGUCAAAACAAACCAGAUUUUGAUGGGUUGAAUCGCCUAAAAGUAGUGACCAUGAUUUUGUAUGAAGUUCUAAGACUAUAUCCACCAGUAAUUUUCCUUACUCGAAAGGUUCACGAGGAAACGAAGCUUGGAAAGUUGUCUUUACCGGCCGGAGUUCAGAUCACCUUGCCGAUAAUUCUCAUCCACCAUGAUCAUGAACUUUGGGGUGAUGAUGCACAUGAGUUCAAACCAGAGAGGUUUUCUGAGGGAGUUUCCAAGGCAACAAAGGGCCAAGUUUCUUUCUUCCCCUUCGGAUGGGGUCCUCGGAUAUGCAUUGGACAAAGCUUUGCUAUGAUGGAAGCUAAACUUACUCUAUCAAUGAUCCUACAACGCUUUUGCUUGGAGGUUUCCCCAUCGUAUGCUCAUGCUCCUUCUUCUGUUAUAACUCUUCAACCGCAAUAUGGAGCUCACAUCAUUCUACGAAAUCUCUAAAAUAGCGGAUAUCACUUGUUGGAUAUGGAUUCAUGGCUAUUAUCUACCUGAAUAGCUAGUAAUUUAGGCAGGUAAUGUGAGAGACGAUCCACUUGCCCUUCCAGACAGGUGGUCAGAUAACUCAAAAUUUAUUUGGUCAGGUAAGUCUCAUAUGGAGCCUUUCUUACAUUUCUUGCCUAAAUUGAUAGCAAUUCAGACAUAUAAUUGUUGUGGAUUUCAAUCACAGGUGGUUGUCAAAACAUAUUUGGAAUUGUUAGAAUAUAUAAAAAAUUAUAAUAUUUUUUCAUA